ACAAUGGACGACAAUCUCGUUGAUAAAUGUGAUAGAAAGGAGUGUUUACCACCACUCACGACGAGGGCUUCACUGAUGCAAAUUUUCCUCUUCUGUGUUUGUCUUGUUUUUAGUACGAGGGAUGUUUGAACAUGUGUCUACAUUUCUGAAUGUAUAAUUGUUUGUGUAUCGGCUCUGUGAUAAGCUGGUAUAAAACCAAAAUUCUAAUUAACUCAGAGGUAUGUAUGGUAGGAGUUACAGAAACGAUUUUACGAAGAAACAAACUCACAUCUCGAAGAUCGUUAUCGUGGCGAAACAUUUUUUUAUCCCGCGAACCCUGGGUGAAGGUUGUUGUUUUGGCCGCUUAUCUGGAAAUGUUUUUUGAUACUCUCUCACACUGAAGGACCACAGAUGAAGGAAGUCGAAACGAUUGUUAUGUUACUGCCAUCGACCUUCUUUGGAUUUGGUACAUGGAGGUCAAGGGUCAAGUUCACUUUCUCGAGCUUUGGACGAGGAGACUAACUCACUUCUGUCUUUUACAAAAUACAGUCCUUGUAAAGUUAAAGGCUUGUUCUCGUUAAGGAGUAUACUUGUUUCUAUCUUCAAGCUUGUUUAAUUUCUUCACAUUGUAUAUUUUUCAUGCGCAUAAUCUUUUUUCUUGGUAGCAGUAAUGAAAUAUAGUCAGUAAUUUUCUGUGUGAGGUCGGGAGGCGGGAGAUGCACUUGCUGUUUUACUAAUGUUUAUUAGUAUGACUUUAUGACUUUAUGACUAUGGAUUAUGACUUUAUAUGCGUUAAAUAAAUUAUUCCUUUCAUGUAAUAGUGUGUAAAAUGUACCAGCCAGUCCAAGUAUGUCAACAAGUUGACACAGGUCCUAACUAAUAUCCGGGACAAGAGACAAAAAGAGUGAGGACAGAAAAAAAACCACAUUUGCUUGCUAGCAGACUGUGUGUGUGGGAAAGAGGGUAUGGGCGCGUGUUGUAUACAAAUCUUCCAUGAACAGUCAAAUAAAAUGACAUUUUUAUUGUACAGCUAUGUCAUAAAAUGUUGAGAAUAAUCGUAGCUGCAGCUGUUGACCAGGAAGUGAACAAUCGGUGACCAAGGUGAAGAAGUGGACAUGAGGAACCUUCACACUCUCUGGAGUGAGUUCACCUCUUGUUCCCCCCAUCGUAUCUCCCAUGCGACUGGAGCAAGAAGUGUAGUAAGUGAAUGGCGGAAGAGAGACAGAAAGGACAUUUAUGGUGAACAAUACCACUCAGAGGAAUAGGCUCAAAUCUCAGGAGUGGUUUCUAACAAUUCUACUACAUUAUCGUGUUAAACAAGAUGGUGCCUGAGGGUGUCCGUGCCUGCCAGUCGGUUACAUCAUAACAAGGACAAGACCACGAGUAUUGUAAAGAACUCAGCCACAUAAAGCUUUUAUUGCUCGGAAAUGUCAUGUGACUCAAAGACCAACGGAGCUCGGGAGGAAAUUGUUAUCAGCUGCCAAGUGAACGGAAAUGCAGGCUGCAGCAAGUGGUCCAGGAUGCACCUUGCGACCCCAACAAUGCGUGGGAGGGAGCAUGCAUGUUCAUGCUGGGUUUUCGCGGGUGAAAACUACAAAAACAAGUCGCAGUAAAUCCUCACCUGGACUCCACGUACCACCCGCUGAUUGGCUGGACCAUGAGACAUUUCUCAGUCUCCAUGUCAUGCAUGCACCCGGUAAAUCCAGGGAUGGACACUCGCAAGGCGCCAAAGUUUAAACGAGUUUUUAUUUGAACACCAGUGGCUGCCUGCUCAAGGUCCUUCUUCCUUAAAAGGACAUGGCAGCUGAGAGAUGGAAGGGUGUUGAUCAUUUCAUUAAAACACAAUGUUUAUUGUAAACGGGUAGUUGUGUAAGCUCCGCCCAAAACAAAUAAGUCAUGACAUACGAACAAGGAACAGAAAUAAAUUAUAUUCAUGGUCUGUAUAAAGACAUUGUCUGCAGCAGUUCUGGUCAGUCCGACUGGCAGAUGCCCACAGUUGUAAACUCACUGAUCAUAAAAUGGCCUCACUACCAGGUGUCGUCUGCUUAGUUCUUCUGCAACUUGUUGCGCUCCAUCCCGGGGUAGUGAGCGCAGCCAGCACGUCCACAGACAUGUCAAGUGAAGAAACCACCCCGGAUACAACUGUUCCUUCAGCCCCUGGAACAAGUGCAUCACCAACGACUCUAUCGCCUGGAAAUAGUGCAUCACCAACGACUAUAUCGCCUGGAAAUAGUGCAUCACAACGACUCCCUCGUCUACAAAGAGCGCAUCUUCAACUACUUUAUUUACGGGAUCAUUGUCAAGCUCUUCAGCGUCCACUUCAGGUUCAACUGGUCCAUCGAGUGUUUCAAAUGCUGGCUCGAGUACUGGAGGAGAUGCUACAGCCACUGAAACUGCGACAAAAAGUGGCGCAGGACCACUCACAUCCGGGUACAUCUGGUUCAUCUUAUCAGCCUAUCUGGGGAUUUCGGGUGUCCUCGCGCUGCUGUGACCUUCAGGGGGUGUUUAGAUAAAGAUAUCACUUAGUGGUUUUAUUUACACUGUAGGAGUAUUUUUAAAAUACGUGUCUGUCACCUCUCAAUGUUCCUAAACUAUUUAUAGUAACUGCAUAUAAAUUAUUGUUAAAAUGACAAGAGGUUAUCAAUGAAUUUAUGUAUUAUUUUGUGUGAUAACAAAAUGAGAAAGCUAUAGUUAUCACAGCAGCUAAUUAACUCUAAACCACUUAGCAAUGUCGUCGAUGUUCAGUCAGGACGACCAGGUACUUUUUAGAAUUCAUUUUGUUUGCCUGAUAUUGAACAGUUAAUCAGUAACUACUUUCUAGUGUUUUAAUUCAAGCAAUGUGAAAUAUUUUGACAUAAAUUCAUUGUGAUUGUUUCCAUCACGCAGACACAUGAACCACGGCACUGUUUGCCUGGUGAAAAAAUGAAAAUAUCUGGAAAGUACCUGGGUGUCAUGAAGUGUUGACAAAACAAGCGAGUAAUUUGUUGUAGAAUAUAGAAACUAUACAUUAUUUUGUACAUAUAACUAAAAGCCAAUAACACGUAUAUUGGUUAGUGGCAACUUGGCUUACUAAUUAUUUUAAAAUUAUGUCAAUCAUGUCAAAUGCAACUGCGAUGACAACGAGUUAAUAUUUACCUACAGAAAUGUGUACAUCACACUACAGGCAGAUACUCGUUUGGUUUUUUGAAGGGUACUUUUCUUACCGUCCUUUUCUUAAUAAACAACGACUGUGAUAUGAAUAUAUUCAGCAUAUUGCUCUGCAUAAUGUCUGUGAUAUGAGGGAGCUGCGAACCUUUGAGUAGCAACACUAAUAAAAUUAGAAUGGUUA